AUGUCUGCUGUUCCCCCGUCGUGGAAGGACCUUGGCAAGUCGGCCUCGGACCUCCUCAACAAGGACUACCCGCUCGCCGGCAACGCCCUCGAGGUCAAGACCCGCGCGCCCAACAACGUCGCCUUCAAGGUUGCCGGUGUCCGCGACGCCAAGUCGGCCGCCAUCGCCGGCGACAUCGAGGCCAAGUACGUCGACGCCAAGAACGGCGUCACCCUCACCCAGGCGUGGACCACCUCGAACGUCCUCAAGACCCAGGUCGAGCUCGAGAACCAGAUCGCCAAGGGCCUCAAGCUUGACGUUCAGGGCCACCUCCUGCCCGCCACCCAGGGCAAGUCGGCCUACGUGACCGCCAUCUACAAGCAGCCGUCGCUCCACACCCGUGCCCUCCUCGACGUCUUCAAGGGCCCGACCUUCACCGCCGACGCCGUCAUCGGCCGCGACGGCUUCCUCCUCGGUGCCGAGUCGACCUACUCGGUCCCGACGGGCGCCAUCACGCGCUACGCGCUCGGCCUCGGCUACGCCGCGCCGUCGUACACCGUCACGCUCCACGGCCUCGCCAACCUGUCCGUCUUCUCGGCGUCGUACUACCACAAGGUGUCCAAGGACGUCGAGGCCGGCGCCAAGGCCAUCUACGACACCAAGGUCCAGGGCUCCCAGGUCGGCCUCGAGGUCGGCACCAAGGCUUACCUCGACAACACCGCCUUCGUCAAGGUCAAGGCCAACAACGCAGGUGUCCUCGCGCUCGGCUACACCCAGGCGCUCCGUCCCGGCGUCAAGGUCUCGUUCGGCGCCGCCCUCGACAUCAGCGGCCAGACCAUCACGGCCCCCAAGGUCGGCUCGUCGCUCACCUUCGAGGCGUAA